GAGAAGUAAAGCACUGCGCAUGUGCGAAGAAUUGGACGCCAUUCUCACUCAUUGCAACAAGACAUGUUUUGACGUUAACAAUUAUGUUGAACGUAGUACGACCUAAUGUGUAUUUGACACGAAAUGUUUCAUAAUUUAUUAGUGGAAAUGAAAUCUAGUGUGAAGUUACCCUUAUGAUAUUCAAGUGAUAGUUAAGUAAGGUACACCGGAACCAGGAUACAAUUUUUAACAUCGUGCCUUAAUAUCUUCCUCCAUUUGCCUGUUGCACUUGUUAAUGGCAGAUCACAUAAGCAUUAUUUAACGUUGUCCAUAAUAUAUAUACACGUAUAUAAGUCAAGGUACAUUAAUCGGUCCAAAUGAUUGUCCAAAGUUUUGAUGCUAUUUUGAAAGUUACAUGUUUAAGAAGAGAAAGCAUCGUAUAAUCUUUCACAUAAAUAUAUUUAUGUAAACAUAGAAGCAAGAUGUCGAUAAUUGUUUGAAAUCGUAAAUCGAAGAGCGGAGUUGUGUGGAUGGUUUUGUCGGCAAGAUGUCGGUGUGGGUGGGCGGCGGGGGCAAUGGCGGUGAGGUGCGGCCGACCACGACCGUCAUGUCGGCCAACACCUCCAUGGAGUCCGGGAUUGAGGCGGGGGUACUGCCAACGGUCACCGGCUCGCUCGCCUCCGCCCGGGAUUCCUUGGGCUCACUGUCCCGGGCCGCGGAACAGCUGUACGACACGGAUCAUACGGAUCUCGGCUCGGAACUUGAUGAGGCGGAGAUUAGAAGGGAGUUGAUGCAUGAUAAAUGGCGACUUCUCUUCGAUCGUUUCGACCCGGAGGGCUUCGGUGAGAUCCCGUGGCCCGACUUCCUGCAGACGCUACAGAACCCAGAUUUUAUUGCUCAGGUGCCGCCUCAUAAACAUGAGAUAUUGUUGGAUAAAGCUCGCAGUGCUACAUCCGAUGCGAUCACAUUUCAGGAGUUCGUUAACGUGAUGAGUGGCAAGCGCACGCGCAGCUAUAGAUGUGCCGUGCAUCACAGAGAUCGCGAGGUCAGCUCCGAAAACGACUUCCGUCUGCUUCUUGAAGAUCCUACAUUUUUUGCCAAGAUGGUGCACUUGGUGGCGAUGGAGGUGUUGCCGGAGGAGAGGGACAGAAAGUACUAUCAAGAGCGUUACACGUGUUGCCCGCCGCCGCUUUUUAUCAUCUGCGUCACUCUGCUAGAGCUGGGCGUGUUCGCGUGGUACGCGUGGGGCGCGGGCGGUGUGGCAGCGGCGGCAGGUCCGGUGCCGGUGGACUCCCCUCUGGUGUACCGGCCCGAUCGCCGCCGUGAACUUUGGCGAUUCUUCACCUACAGUGUGGUUCACGCCGGCUGGCUGCACCUCGCCUUCAACCUCCUAGUACAACUAGCGGUGGGUCUGCCCCUGGAGAUGGUGCAUGGGGGAGUGCGAUGCGGGGCGGUAUACCUAGCGGGCGUACUGGGCGGCUCGCUGGCAGCCUCCGUGCUGGACCCGGACGUAUGCCUGGCGGGCGCGUCAGGUGGCGUGUACGCGCUGCUGGCGGCGCAUCUCGCCAACGCCCUCCUCAACUUCCACACAAUGCGAUACGGCGCCGUGCGCCUCGUCGCCGCACUCGCCGUUGCCUCCUGCGACGUCGGUUUUGCCGUGCACGCCAGAUACACUAAGGAGGCGCCGCCGGUGUCGUAUGCGGCGCACGUAGCGGGCGCGCUGGCGGGGCUGACGCUGGGCCUGCUGGUGCUGAAGCACGCGCAGCAGCGGCUGUGGGAGCGGCUGCUGUGGUGGGCGGCGCUGGGCGCGUACGCGGCCUGCACACUGUUCGCCGUGCUGCACAACCUGCUGGCCGCGCCCGCGCCUGACCUACACUACCUGCCCCCCGACCCGCCCAACGCCGGAUUCUGAUCGCGAGGCGCUGCAUAACACGGAGCACCAUAGCGCGAAUGUCCGCCGCACUGAGUCCCGGGCCGCGCGUAUUGCUGCCAGAUACCUCAACAUUACAUUUACCAGGAAAUUAUUUAAAAAAAAAACUAAUUCGACGUACACUGGCAGCACUUUGGCACUUGCGAUAAAAUAACGUUGAUGAAGAUUUGUGUAAAUAUAUUAAACGUGCCAACGAUACGCGCAGUGCCACCGACGGCUUUGAAAGUUUAUAAUUCACGGCUUUGUAGACUGUUAUUUAAGUUCUUAAUUUUAAGCGUACUAUGAAUGAUAUUAGUAAAACUUUUUCGUUCAACUAGUCUCAAGAACGUCAUAGGAUCAGUGAUUUUUCUAUUCUAGUUUCCAAACUUUUAUAACAUCUUCCAAUUUCAUAAUUUCCAUUACUAGUAUCAUUUAUAUUAUUCAUUAGAUAUCAAAGCCUAAA